AUGAGUGGUGGUAUCCAAUUUGUUCGUGAAGAGUUGCACCGGUUACAAACCUCCCUCGAUGAGGACAAGUCAACAUUUGUCACUAAAUUAAAUCAAGUUCGAAACGAUGUUUUUCAACAUAUUGACAAGCAAAUUCAAAGAUUGCGACUAAUCCAAGAAGACAGUUUUAUCCAAGACAAACGAGACUCGAACAGUCAAUUUAUUCCAAUUAAUGAUCAGCCUGAAGUUCAACACACUACGAGUUCAAUUGGUCAAUCACAUCAUAAACAAUUCGCUGAGGAAAAUAAUCAAACAAAUUUCGAACCGCAAUCGCGAUUAACUUCGACUUGUUCCAGUUCUUCAAAACCUGAUGAAAUGAUUGAUAUGUCGUUUAAAAUUCCUUAUAAAUCUGACCGAUCACCACAAUUAAUUUCUUUCAAUUCCGACGAAAAUUACUUUUUAGUUUAUUCUAUUAAAGCCCAUAAACUCGUGUAUUUAUCAAAUCAAACACCUGAAUCUGUCAACAUAGUUCUUCCGUUUAACAAAAAACUUCUCAAUUUUGGUUAUUCCAAAUUUCAUCGUUGCUUUUAUUUCACAUCUCGUCAAACGAAUUGCUUCGCAUUAUUUCGAUUAAAUGAUCGACAAAUAGAAAUUAUACGAGAACUUCCAUUAAUCAAUACAAAUGAACAGUUUAUUAGUGGUCACAUCUAUCAAAAUCUCGUUCAUUAUAUCUAUUCAUUAUCAUCUAAAGUUAUAUUUGCAAAAUAUGACAUGGAAACAUCAUCUGAUUUGGAAAAAAUUAAUCUCGAAAAUCAUCUUUAUGAUAUUGAGGAAAAUAUUAAAUAUCGUCUCAUUGAUUCCACAGUUAAUGAGUCAUUUAUCAGUUGUUUAGUACAAUUAAAUUCGACAAAAAAAUGGAGAAUUGCCAUUUAUGAUAUUAAAGAUUUCGAAAGGAUUAAUUCAUUUGAUUUAAUCGAUGCCAGAAAUCCUUUGUCCAUUGUUUCUGCGGAGAAAAGAGAAUUUCAAUGCUCGGCAACAACAACAACAAUGCAAAAUGAUAAUGCUGAAUAUUCAUUAUUGUUUGUAAAUGAUCCCGAAUCUCAUUUCAUUCAUUGUUGUGAUCAUUUUCAAUAUCAAACACCGAUUCAAGUUAAUGCAUUUGGAAUUUGUGCUUUAGAUGACGGAAAUUUAGCAUUGAUUGGUAAUAAAGACCUUCGAGGAUUGAAUGUUCAACGUUAUCUUAAACAAAACAACGUUCAAUUAUUCACCAAAGAAGAUUAA